UACAACAGGUUUGGAGAGUAAUUGAAGGCCCAGUCCAGAUAGGCUGAAGACAUCGGUAAAAUUAGAAUAGUAAAAUGGUGGUAACUUCCGGGGAGUGCAAUUCAGCGAUACCGUGAGAAAUGAGAGGAGUGGAGGCUAGAGUGAGUUAGCGUAAUUUAUUCGCAUGGUUUACUUGAGAGAGAUAGAUUCGCUUGGCAUGUAAGGAUUUCAUAAUCCGAGGAGAGGAAAGGGCUCGCAAGCCGAGGAGGUGUGGCAGUUCAGUUGCUGGCUGGGUUGGCCUGACACUUCUAUCUGUGGAGUCCAGUGGAGUCCAGAGCACGGGAAUAGGGUGGGGUGGUGUUGUGUCAACCAUUGGAGACAAGCUUGCCAAUACUGAGGCGAAUAUGGUAACAUCCGGACUAAUUUUCUGGACUAUCUGCCAUCGGCAUCUGCGCUGCCAAAAGUACUAACGGGACGGAAGGGCAAUUGAUCACGCUGUGGUGACAAAACCUCCUCCCGGCUGCCUUGGCUACUGUGACCUCGAGGGCACGUUCCCACUGUUGAAAAAGUGUGAACGUGAAGGCAGGAAGUAUGGCGGACUGGAAGCUGGAAAACUGCUGCGAUCGGCAACAAGUUGCAUUUGUUGCUGUCGUCGGUGUCUACAUUUUCGUCAUACUGGCACUCUGGAGGACACCCCUCCUCACUCCGUUCAAGCUCAUCACGGUCUAUCUUCAUGAACUCAGCCACGCUAUAGCCACGAAGCUCUCAUGUGGCAAGGUCGAAGGUAUCGAAGUGAACCUCAACGAAGGAGGUGUGACACACACGCGGGGAGGAAUGAUGUGCUGUAUUUUACCAGCUGGCUACAUGGGAUCAGCAUUUUGGGGAAUGAUCUUGAUUAUCAUGUCAACCAACGACAUCACCGUGAGAGUUGCAGCGGGAGCCUUGAUAGCCUCACUUAUCUUCACUUUUUUUUGGGCAAGAAAUUGGACUCUCCGAUGGCUGUGUUUGGCAUUUAUUAUAUUCCUGGGUGUAGUCUGGGUGAUCCAAGAGGUAUCAGUCGUGAAGCUCUUGAGAUACACGAUUCUUUUUAUUGGUACCAUGAAUUGUUUGUUCUCAGUUUAUGAUAUAUACGAUGACUUAAUCUCAAGGAGAGUGCACACAAGUGAUGCUGAGAAAUUCUCGGAAUUGUACCCGUUAUGCCCCUGCAAUGGGGUUGGAUGGGGCGUUCUCUGGGGAAUAUUUUCUUUCAUAUGUCUGUGCGCAGCAGUCUAUCUUGGUCUGAUCAUCCUGGACUAAAUGUGGCACCUUAUGACAACAAAUGGAUUAAACGAGGAAUUUGAUUUGAUUUGGUUAUUGAGGAUGACAGCAAGUAUCAACAAGAGAAGGUUCUGUCGGCCAGCUGCCCCCUGGUACACCGUCCCUUGUCCAGCAUGGUGUUUUGUGAAGAAAUCUGCAGGUUUCUUCAGUGUUCCCGAUAGUCGGGCGCAUUCCCCCUACGAGGUCUAGUCCACUUGUUUUGUAAUGUCCACAUCUGGAGCAGUUCACAUCAGUGUUUUAUCUUUUGGAAAGAUGGACGCUUACUCAAUGCAUCAUGACUUCCGUGACUUCCUCAUCUCCCGGUCUCAAAAUUCAUCCAGGAAGCUCAGAUGCGGCCAUCUUGUUGGGAUAGAACAAGUGCAGAGAUGAAAAGCCAGCUUCGAUUCUGUCCAGCAUUACCUGUCAAUACAUAAUUGACAUGAUUUUUUUAGCACAUGUGUUUUAUCUGCCUUGCAAGUCUUCGUUCUACCCAUAGAUGUCGGUGGCCUCUUUAUACUUCAUUCGAGCGGAACGUUAUUUUUUGGUGACGAUCGCCACACCACCAGUAGAAAGGUAGCAAACUCAUUUUUUCCUAGUGAGGAACUGGCUUAGUAACUUCUCCUGUAUGCAAAGCGGCUUUUGCCUCCUUUCUUGGAGGCAACCCACUAUUACCCCGCAGAUGACAUCUUCGCAAUGUCAAGUGGGCCACCUUGUGAUUUAAGCGAGAGGCCACCAGGACAAUGGGCACCGGUACGUUGGAGGAGAUAUCUGCCCAGCGCAAAGCUCGAGAUGGUGAAUGGUGGACCCUUGUGUGCUUUUGACGAAGCUAAUAGGCCGACUGCGGUGGUCGUAUACUCAGAGGUGUUGUACCCUAAAGGAGACCUGAUCGGCAAAUUGUUUGUAAUCAGUUUGGAAGUUUGUGCAGUUUGUUCCUGGGAGUUUGAUUCUUCCCACCCUCUGAGCAUUGCGUUGACUCAACAUGGGUGGGCUCCUUGUAUUCAAUGGUCGCCAGUUAUAUGGGUGACGGCCACUCACGUCUUCAUAUCCAUUUAGAGUAUGAGCAUCGUUCCUUCCAUCCAUCAGUUGGGGGCUUCAUGGGAUUAGAAAUCAGUGGCGCAGUUAUAGGUCAUAGGAGGAUAGAAUGAAUAAGUAGAAGCAUUGGUUGUGACCCAGUGAUUCCAGUCAUCAAAACUUGAAGAACAACGGGCCCAAGAUGCACACGAAGAAGGUGCUCUGCAUCGGAGCCGUACCUAAUGUUAAUAAACGAUGUAAUGUUUGCAACGAA